AUGUUUGAAGAAAUUAAAGUGAGCGAGAUUAUACAAUAAGACAUUCUUUAGCAUUCAGAAAUUAAGCUUUCAGGAAGUGCUUCUAAUGAUUUCUUUGAAUGCACAGAUUAUUCGAUUUCUUUAGAAAUUGAUUAAAUUGCUUAUAUCUUGUAUUUACUUAAUUUUAUUUGUUUUAGAAAAUUAGUCAAUAGAUAGAAGGUGUCUAUUAACAUAUAUAAUAUGGCAGAGAUAUACUAGAGACCACUUUCAUAUACUUGUGAGUAUCUAAACUUUUCAUCCCCUAUUACAUAAAAUGGAUGCACAUUAAUAAAGAAUAAUAAUACACCUUACUUAUUGGUAGUUACACAAGUUGGACACAUCUACUAUAAAAACUUAAAAACUAACACUUCAACCUUACUAAAGAAUUUAAUGAUUGAAAAUAUAAAAAUAAAAUGCUUCGUGAAAUCGUUGAUACAUAAAGAUUAGUUUCAGUUUUAUUUGAUGACUGAUGCAGAUAUAAUGUAUCAGGUAACAUUAGAUGUAGUUGGAGGGGAAUUUUUUAAAAAUAAGUAUCAAAUAGGUUUUGGUACUAAAUUUUUUAGUAAAUUUUUUAAUAGCACUUCUUAAGAUUGGAUGGUUGCUUUUCAUUUAAAUGAAAAUUAAAUUUUACAUUUUUCAUAAAACACCCAAUUUAGUUUGUUGGAAUUCAGAGAACCAGAGUUUUAAACAAUUUAACUAUAAUGCUAAGAUAAAAUAAAAUCUAAGCAAGUUGACAUAAUUUAAUUAAUUCCAAAUGGACAAUUAUUUGUAUGCUAUUAACAUAAUAAUAAUCUAAAAAUGUGUACUAUAAAUUUAAACUAAUUAAUUGUUACUUACGUAGUAGAUUUAUCAAAAAUUGAAUUGGAUAACCCUUAUCAUUUAUGUAGUACAUAAGACGAAGUUAUUUUGAUUUAGGAUUUUAAGAUUUACUAAUUAGAUAAAGUUAAAUAGAAUUUGAAAUUAAUAAGUGAAAAUCAAUAUUCAGUAUUUGGAUAUCUGAGUUAAGAAAACAAUCUAUUAUUAUUUUAUAAAUAUUAAUUAACAUUCAUAAAGUUAAUUUCAGAUUAGAUUAGUAAAUAAUAGAAUGAAUUAAGGGGUGAAGUAGCAAAUUUUAAAAAUAAUCUGAAAAAAAAAAAUAAUUUAGUAGAUGAUGAAAUAAUUGUUUAAAAGAUUGUAUUUCAUCCAACACCUCAAAAUGCUCUCCAUUAAUUCUAAUAAUUGAUAAAAAUAAUGCAUCAAAAUUUGGAUUAAAGGAAGGUGAUCUCCAUUAUGAAAUAAUAACAUAACAAUUUUUAGCCUGACUUAUUUAUUGAGAAUCUAAUGGAUGAAGUUGAAGAUAUUUAUAUUUUUAUUAAACAUAGUUUUAAGAGCUUAAUACUCAAUCCUGCUGAAGUUCAAACCGAAUUGCUUAAUUAAUUGGAUGUUGUGAAUUUCAAUUUGGGGGAGUUUUUUUUUAGAAAUUGUCGAUUAUACGAAUCGAAUGCAGAAGUAGAAAGUAAUUCUAAUAAAUUGCCAAUCAUUAAAUCUUUAGUGAUUCAUACUUUAAGAGAUUAUUAUUAAAUGCAGUUAGAAAUCUUUUUAGGAUUUGGAGUUUUAUAAAGUUUGUAUUAGGAACCAUUAUCACCUAAUAUGAAUUUUCAGUCCUUUUAUGAAACAAUUUGUUUACUUUCUCUUAUUGAAGAUAAGAAAUUGAUACACAUUCAAUAAAUUUUAACAAAUCAAUUUCAACACGUAAAACAUUUAUUUAAUUAUUCAAACUUGAAUUGUAUCUAAUAGGAGUUGAAACUUUACAUCAAUUUAAUAUAUAAUGAAAUAUUCUAGUGCUUAGCUAUUCCUGAAGAGUACUUUUGUGAAUAAUUUGUUCAUAAUCAAAUAAUAUUCCAUUCACAUCACAUUAACUCUAAAGGCAUCAUUAGACAUUGCAGAAUAGCUUAAUAAACAGAUUAGAUUCCAACUGAUGUAAUUAAAUUCAUAAAGGAAAACUAAGAUCAAAAUUAGGAGUUAAAAUUAAAAAUUAGUUUUACAAUUUAAAAACAAAACCCAAAAUAAUAUGAGGACUAAAAUAUAGUUUUAGAUCGUUUGUUAUAUUAUGCAAAUGAAUUGAAGCAGCAUCAUUUAUUAUUUCAAAUAAUUAAUCUAAAUGAUCAAUUAUAAAUUAAAGAUUCUUUGAAAUUAAUAGUUGACAAUUUAUUAUCGUUUAAAUUAAAUGUGAGAACCACAGAUAAGAUUGGAGAAUACUUACUCAAUUUUUCAAGAGAAAAAUAUUAUAUUCUAUAAAACAAGAACAGAAUAUUAUCAUACUUUAGUUACUUGAUAAGAAUCGAAUCAAAAGCAAAAGUAAUUUGCUGAUUAUUAUUUUAGGCUUACACUUUGUUAUUUGAAUAUAUUGUUAAUUUAGAAUCUUUGUUAUUCAAUUUAUAAUAAAAGGACUUAGUUUGGGUGAUUAGAACACAACUAGAUUGCAUAACUUUGUUGCUAAAUCAAAUGUAACUGCAUAGCAGACAAGACAGAAAACCCUAUGCUUCAUAAAUUGUAUGUAAAAUUAAGGAUGAAAUUUAUCGAUAAUUCUUAAAUCCAAGUACCUUAGGAGAGUUGAGAGAAUUGGAAUAAAAUUCUAAUGAAAAUAUUAGAGUGAUUAAUAUUGAAUAAAUUGAAUUAUUCAAUUAAUACAAGGAGCUCCAAUGCUUUGUGAGUAUGAAUUAUAGUCCUUAGGCAAAAUUGUAGAAGAUAGUAGAAGAAUUGAUCUUAAAUAAUAAUAUUGAUUUGCUCAUUAUUUUGGGGAGGUUGAGAAUAGAUCCUAAUUAUGAGAGAAAUGUGGCAUUUUGUUACUAUUGGAAUGAAGACUCAAGAGAGCAGUUGAUUUAAGGAUUGACAGAGAUAAUGAAGGAGCGAGAGUUGUCAAUAGUGUUGGCUUAGAUUUGUGUUUAUUGUAAUUUGAAAACCAUUCAUUGCCAAGAAUUGUAUUGCAAAGCUCCUUGUUAGAAUUCCUUCUUAUAGUAUCUCAUCAGUGUUGAUAAAGAAUAAAUUGUUUAAGAGAUUAUUUGA